UUCAUGGGCUAAAGCUAGCCAAGGAGAUUGGCGUGCGUCGCAUACUCUGCUUCGGCGACUCCGACUUGGUCAUACAGCAAGCAUCUGGCGACUGGGACGCGAAGGACGCCAACAUGGCCUCAUACCGCUUCCAUGUCCAGCAGCUAUCCGGCUUCUUCGACGGCUGCGAAUUCCACCAUGUGCCACGAGCAAGCAACGAGGCGGCUGACGCCUUGUCCAAGAUUGGCUCAACCCGGCAAGCCAUUCCGCCGGGCAUCGCCUUGGCGGUUCUCAAGAAGCCGUCCAUCAUACCGUCACCGGAUUCGGAUUCAAUAUUCGUGCCGGCUGACCCGGGGGCUGCUCAGCCGAACUCGGGGGCUUCAUCGCCCAAGUCGGGGGCUAACAAGCCAAACCCGCCGGCUACCAUGCCGAACCCGGGGACCUCUCAGUCCAACCCGGGGGCUUCAUCGCCAAACUCGGGGGCUAGCAAGCCGAACCCGCCGGCUAGCAAGCCGAACCCGGCGACCAUGCAGUCGAAUCCGGAAGCUCCCACGCAGGAGGCCCUGUUGGUCAGCGUAUUCGAGAUAAGAUGCGUACCUUCAUGGGCACAAGAGUUCCUCUCCUACCUCACCGACGGUGUGCUGCCUGACGAUAGAGUCCAGGCCAGGCAGAUUGAGAGAAGGGCCAAGGCCUAUACAAUCAUCAACCACCAGCUGUACAAACGCAGCGUAAGUGGGGUGUUCCAGCGGUGCGUCGAGCCGGCUGAAGGGAUUGAACUCCUACGGGAAAUCCACCAAGGAGAGUGCGGACAUCACGCCUCAUCCAGAGCCAUAGUGGCCAAAGCCUUCCGGCACGGCUUCUAUUGGCCGACUGCGCUCAGAGACGCAGAAGAGUUGGUGAAGAAGUGCAACGGCUGUCAGCGCUUCGCAAAGAAGAGACACCAGCCGGCUUCCGCCUUGAAGACCAUCCCCAUCACAUGGCCAUUUGCCGUAUGGGGC